CUUUUCCCAGAAAUGGGCCUAGUUAAAUGGACGUGCCGAAAUGUCUUAACGUAGAUAGCCCAAUCCAAUCCCAACAUUAUGAUCGAAAAUUUCAGAAGAAUAAAUUACACCCGAACCGAACCGAACAGGUAAAAAUUAAAAAAGGAAAAGGAGACGAGAGAAAACAGAAGAGAAGGGUUUCUCCUGCAAACGUCUUCUCUCCUAUCGAAGCUUUCAUUGAUUCGAUUACUGUAAGCUCUGCUCAUCCCGGUACCCCAUCCCUCAACGUUUCCCGCCCUCUUCUUCUUUUCGUUCCUAAGAAACCUCGCAAUCUUCCAAUUAGGCCGAGAGCGGAGCCUGAGGGUUUUUGUUGAGAAGGAAAGAUGGUGAAGACGACAAAGGGAGGCAAAGUUAUGAACCCUACGGAUGCCUACCGUAAGGAGCUCCGUAAGAAGGAAUUGAAACGGGCAAGUUUAUCCAUUCCCUUGCCCUGUCUCUGAUUUUGUAUGGUCGUGUUUCAGAGACUCUCAAGUGUUUGCUUCCAAUUUGUGAAUUGAGAGCUGAAUGCUUUUGGUUUCUGCCUUUCUGGGAAUUGGGAAUUUUUUUGAAUUGCUGUUUAGCUGUAGUUAAUAGCCCAUGAUUCCAUCAACCCAAGCUUGGAGCUCCCUUAACCUUUCCAGUGCUCUCAUUUUUCUGCUUAGUUAUUCGGAAUUGGACAAGCAUCUAUGUCUCUAAUUGAAUUAUCCAUCUGUUUAGUUGAUCUAGAGGUGUUAGUACUAUGUGUUGCUUCCCACAGUUUGAGUUCGAGAUGUACAUUGUAAUAGAAAAUGGAGAUAGCCAAGAGAGAAAGAAUGUUGUAAUAUUUAUUGUACUUUAGAUUUUGAAGAGUGGAUCAGAAGUUGGGGUAAUAACUUCUCCUGUUCGGAAAAUAAGAUCAGUGUUCUGCAGUUCAGGUCUCGAGACGCUUUAACUUUGGUCAUCUGAUAAAUUGAUGGCAGGGCCGUAUGCUUAGACUUGGAUGAGUGCAGUUCACUUGUCCCUUAGUAUAUGGUUUGCUGGAUUGUCAUCAAUUAGUUUCAAUCAUAAUAUAUGGUCAUGCUGCUUAUCUGGUUCUUGUUUCGAUGUUCUUAAAUCCAAUGUUCGCUAGAAAUCAUAGAAUCUUAUGCACUUUCUGGGAUUUGUUAAUUAACUUCCAACGUUCUUGUUCCUGCUUUGUGCAGAACAAGAAAGAAAGGAAGAAAGUAAGAGAGGUUGGCAUUUUGAAAAAAGAUCCUGUUGUCAUCAAGGAUCAGAUACAGAAACUGGAAAUGAUGAGUAAGUGCUUCUCAUGUCGACAUUUUUCUUGCUUCUUUCUUCAUAGCUCUUUGAAUUAGGGUAAUGUCCUGUUGUCGGAGGAGAACUUCGAUGGUUUUUGUUUUAUGUUGGUUAUAGAUUUAUAUGCAACUGUGUAUUAUCACAUGCGGUGCUGAGUUGAUCCUGUCAUCUUUGUCUGCAGUAACUUACAUUCUCAUUGCCCUUGUUUUCUUUCUUCUCUGCUGAUUUAGCUUCUUCUACUAUUAUGCAGAGGCUGAUGGUGCACUGGACAAAGCAAGAAAGCACAAGAAGAGGCAACUUGAGGAUACACUUAAUCUUGUGAUGAAGAAGCGAAAGGUAUUUUCUACUGUUUCAUGUUUUUGUCAACUCCAUUCACUUGCAUGUCUUUAGAUAUCUGGUCAAGCACUUUCCAGGAAGUGAUACCCGUUUAUUAAGAAGUAUAGAAAAGUUAUAGCAGGCUUUGUAGAAGUGAUAUAUUCCUUCCGCAAUGUGCUUGCAUAUGCAUCUUUCUUUUUCUAUUAGCUUUGAUCUACUUUUUUAUUAGCAUACCUGUAAGCCUAAGACCAAAAGCAAAGGUUAUGGUAUAUGAUUAGUAUUCCAUUUUGAAGAUGAUCACUACCUGGUGAAAAGUUCUAUUUUCUGUCUUUAUGGGAACGAUGAGUAUUCCAUCUUAAAAAUGAUCUCUAGCUUUAAGCUUCUCGAACUUCCAUAACAUUUUCAAAUAGAAGAUACCACUGAUGAUUCCCUUGGAGCCCAUGAGGUUUUUGGAAUCUGCCUGAGGGAGCUGUCAUAUAAUUUAGCUUGCUAACAAAAACAAGUCUUUCAUAUUCUUCUAGCAUAUAACUCUGAGGAUGAUCUAAGUAUUCUUUGAUUGUUUUAUGGCUUCAGAUACUGCCAUCAAGUUUAUUUGUAGGGAACUGGUAUGCUAUCCCUCACAAAGUCUUAAGGACUGAAAGAUCCUGAAACCUGAAAUGUAGGGCUGUUAACGAAGAAUAAUAUUUAAGCUUUAUUUAAUGAUAUUGAACUAUAAAAUGUUUUCUUGGGUUACUACACUUGGGUGAUAAUCAGUUUUUCCGCUCCCAUCUUUAGGAAUAUACCGACAAGAUGAAGGAAAAGGGUGAGACUCCUGUUAUGUUCAGUCAUCUGGGACCUCCUCGACGAAGAACAUCUGCAGAAGAGGAAGAGAGAGCUAAGCACCCACAGCCUGAGGACUCUGUGUACUACCAUCCUACCCUAAAUCCCACUGGGGCUCCACCACCUGGAAAACCUCCCAUGUACAAAUCGUCGAUAGGUCCUCGGAUUCCGUUAUCUGCCGGGUCAACCUCUGGUGCGUCAUCUUCACAGACAGAGUCUGAGGAUGGUGCUCUGGGAGUACCUCCACCUCCAUUGCCUCCGCCUCCUCCUUUGCCAGAAUCUGGUGAUGUGGGUUCAGGGGAUGGUUCUGUGGUACCUACCACAUCUAUGCCUCUAGCAGCGCCUCCACCAGAACCUCCUGCACCAAGCUUGGGUAUGUCAUUGCCUCCACUACCUUUGCCACCACCACCUCCUGGUCCGCCUCCGCAAAAAGACCAUAUUACAAGUUUUGCAUCAUUUCAGCCGCCACCUCCUGGCACUAAUAAUGACAAUGAGAAUGAGAAAGAUUCAUCCACAUUGGCAGAUGACUCUUCAUCAAAGGAGAAUGUUCAGGUGCCCAUUCUCCCACCUCCACCUGGAAUGCCUAUGAAGUUGACCAUCCAUCAGUUUGAAGGCGAUAAUUCAUCUGAAUCUGAUCCCAGUGUUCCUCCGUCAGCCAUUGAUGCAACAAAGAUGGUUCCCCCUCCCCCGCCUCCACCUAGGCAACAGCCCCUACUGCCUGGACCACCACCCAUGAUCCAAAGCAUACAGCCUGAUUUUCUACCACCUGCAAUGGCAAGAUUUCCACCCCCUCCACCUCCACCAGGUAUGCGGCCACCUCUAGCAGCUCCUGGGCUUCCUGGCCCUCCAGUAGGGAUGGUCCCAAUGAUGCCAAGACCGCCGUAUGGUCCACCACCUGGACCUCCCCCAAUGAUGAGGCCACCACUGCCUCCGGGCCCUCCUCCCGGUAUGAUGCUAGAAGACGGCGUAGGUAGUAGGUUUGUUGCUCCCCAGAAACCAUCUUAUGUGAAAUCCGCUGCAUCUACUGUUGUGAAAAGGCCGCUGGCACAACACACCCCAGAACUUACAGCCAUGGUUCCUGCAUCUGUGAGAGUCAGGAGAGAAACAGCUGCUGUCGCGAAACCGAAACCAAAGGUGACGACGCCCUCAGCUGUUACAAUGUCAACGAGGCCUGUAGUUUCUACUGUAUUAAAGCCUGAACCACCUUCAGCAGCAGCAGCAGGAGUUGCGCCUAAAGGCAAGAGCGUUGAUGACUCGUACUCAGCCUUUUUGGAAGACAUGAAGGCACUUGGGGCGCUUGAUAGUUGAUCCGACGCAGCCUAAAGAGAGAUCGAUUCGCUGCUGUCAACUGGAACAGUUGCACUCCUCUGGCUGUGUAGGGAAAACAGUUGAAGGUCCCGAUGAGCAAAAAGGCUUUGUCCACUUCGAACUCAGGAACUUUUCGAUUCUGCUGCCAUCAUGUCAGAAUCUGACAGUCAGAUGCCUUGGUUCUAGCUAUCUAAUAUGGUUGAACUGUGUGUGUUCGGUUGUAGGUUUAGAUGGGUAUGUGGACCUUGUAAAAGUGAUUCGUUCCUGGGUUCCUUCAAUCGAAUUGACAGUAGGAGGAUAUAUCAUAUAUGUAUCCAAUGAGGGCUAAAAAUCUAUUUUUAAGAUAUUUUACAAAUCUUACAUAUAAAAUAAUUCUACAUAAUUUUGAGACUUUAAUGGACUACAACUUUUUCUGGCAUUAACAUGGCUAGUCGGAAGAGAAAUAUGAAACAAGAAAUAGUCCGUCCGACGACGGACGGCCGGGUGAAAUGCUAGUUAGUUGAUUUUCACGGAGGAAUUAUCUCACCGACUCACCGUGCCGUUUUCUCUAAUCAUAAAAAGCAAACACAUAAUCCAAUUUAGUGUUCGCAUUUCCCAUUCGCCGUCUACAACAUUGAUUAAUGAUUAGUAAUUCUAAAACCAUCACUCAGGAAUUAGUGCUGGUAAUACACAAUGUUAUGAAAAACCGGGCCGGGCCGGCCGGUCAGACCGGAGAAAACCGGACCCGGCCACAAGUCCGUUCCCCGAAGAAUGAAAAUGGGCGGGCUGUAUGCAUCCGCUUAUAUUUUCACUUUUCAGGUAAAAUAGACAAGCGCCUUACUUUUAUUUUUUGUUUCCUUCCGUUUCAACAGACAAUUAAUAAAUGAAGCAAGCCACUAGCCAGCCGAAUUUUGACCUUAUUUUAUUCCUAUUUUUUCUUUUAUUUCUUCUUAUUUGAGAGUCAAUCUCCGGUUUAUGUCCGGUUUGUAGUAUCGGUUAAUCAUCGAUUAUUCGAUAAACCUUGAAUCUCUAGUUAAUCCGGAUCGAUAUCCGGUUUGAUUUUAACAACACUGGUAAUUCACCGCCUCAUGCAACUAGCAUCCGUAUGACCAUAUACUCAGUGGUUAGGGGUGGGCAACGGGAAACGGGUAUUUGAGUAUACCCGUACCCGUCCCAUUUUUUAAGGGUUACGGGUACCCAUAUUACCCGUAAUAUUUUAAACGGAUGGGACUUGGGAUUGUACAGUCCUAAUAUGGGUACCCGCGGGUUACCCGUGAAUACCCGUUUGGGUAAUAUGGGUACCCGUUGUACCCAUUCAAAUUACAAAGACAUAUAAUUCAGCCCAUGCGCCCAGGCCCAACCCAAUUCAAAAUCCAUUAAAAUUACAAAAUCCAUUUAAUUCAGCCCGUGAGAGUUGAGACGCUGACGCACCCCUAGGCCCUAGAAGACGCGAGACACGCGACGGCAGGCGGCAGCUUCUCUGGAAUUUGGAAAGGUUUGUCUCUGUCUUGUCCCUGGCUGGAGGAGUCGUCUUCGCGGGACGAGAGAGAAGAGACGAAAGGUCGAAACCUAGCUCGCCUCGGGCCUCGGUGCCUCCUUCAUUCACCGCCGCCGCCGCCUCUGAGUGCGUGACUAAUUGUUUUUAGGUAAAAUGUCAUUUAAACUUUGGGUAUUUAUGGGUAGUAUGGGUACCCGUUAUCCGUGCCAUACGGGUAAUGGGUACCCGUUUCCCAUAUGGGUUUGGGAUAUGGGAUGGACUUUGAUCUCCAAAUGGGACUGGGUACCCGUUUAAAACGGGACGGGUAUCCCGUCCCAUCCCGUUGCCCACCCCUACCAGUGGCGGAGCCAGAAAAUUGGCCAAGGGGGUGUCUUUAUCAUAUCAUAAAAAAUCACCUAUACAAUAGAAAAGUCAACUUUAA